AGAUUUCCAUAUCAGAAUCAGUCUGCAGUUGUAGGUCAAAGCGCGGAUUAUUCCUUAUAUGUAAUGGCAAAUAACUCUGCGGCAAAGGAAACAUAUAAAGUUCAAGAUGAAUAUGCUGGUUAAAACUCGCACAAUUUCUAGUAAGCUGGGUAUUCGCUAUUAUAAUGGAAAAGUUGGUAUAAUCGGAGUACCCUUUGACAAAGGACAGAAAAAAGAAGGAGUCGCUCGUGGUCCUGAGGUGAUUAGAGCAGCGAGAUUGGUAGACGAAUUGGAAAUAUUAGAUUUAGAUGUGCUAGAUUAUGGUGAUGUAUCCUACAAUGCAAAUAGUAUAAAUGAUGUAAAAAAUAUGUCACAUUUGGGUCAUGUGGCUAGUUGUAUGAACAGUUUAUCUGAACGAAUUCGACAAGUGUUACGUGAUAACAGACAAAUAUUAACGAUCGGUGGUGAUCAUAGCUUAAGCAUCGGUACAAUCGACGGACAUGUCAAGGAAAGACAAAACGUGGCAGUAAUAUGGGUAGAUGCUCAUGCUGAUUUAAAUACUAACAAAACAAGUGAGAGUGGUAAUGUACAUGGAAUGCCUGUAGCAUUAUUAACUUCAGAGCUGGCUGAUUAUUGGCCAUAUUUACCAGGCAUGGAUUGGCAAAUGCCAAUAUUAUCUAUCAGAAACGUAGCUUAUAUUGGUUUGAGAUCCAUAGAUCGCUAUGAAAGAUUAGUAAUUGAAAAAUUCGGUAUCACCGCUUAUGGCAUGGAAGAUGUAGAACGUUAUGGUAUUCACGAUGUGAUUCAUAUGGCACUUAAUAAGAUAGAUCCUCAUAACUCAAGAUCUCUACACGUUAGUUUUGAUAUAGAUGCAUUGGAUCCUCUUGAAGCACCUAGCACUGGAACGCCAGUAUAUGAUAGACUCAGUGUUGCGUCCAGUGUGAACGGUCCAGCUCGCGUACGACUGGCUUGCCGAAUAUCGAUAUUAGAUUGACGAUUGGCCGUCAUCAGUUGACUAUCGGUUGUUGUUACUUUGCCAUUUUGUCUCGAUGCUUGACGAUUAUAAUAAAGUCGUUAUUUUAUAAAGUCUGCCUCUUUAUUUUUCGAACGCUAGUGCUAUUGUGGUUUCGCGAGUGCGUGAGAGCAAUUAUUCUCUCACGGACGUAAUAAUAUACUAAAAAAGAGAACUUAUUUUUUUUAUAUUUUUAGUCUUUUAAUCCAUUAAUCAUAUUGUCCACUUGUCCGUGGACAUUAUGCCUAAUAACCGGUUAUUUUGAAUAAUUUUAACAUUUUUGUUUUUAUUAAUCAAAUUUACCAAAACUAGUGAUUAUUAUGCCUAUCAACCGGUUAUUAUGUAAUCGUAUUAAUCAAAUUAACCUUAACAUAUAUGUAUAUAUUUAUAUACUGGGUGUCCCAGAAAGUGGGAAGCAUUUACUUGGACACAGUACAAUUGGAUACAGCCAAUCACAGCAGCUGAUGUCUAGUAAUUUUCUUCUGUUUAAGCGCUGUAAGUUGUUUGUGUCCAAUUAUACUGUGUCCAAAUGGAUGCUUUCCGCAGAAAGUUCGGAUCCUCUCUUAAGAGCGGAUUCUUUAGAACAUUUUAAGAAAAAUAUUCUAAUACAAAAACGUUUAAGGUAUAAUGGUUUUUAAAUU